AUGCCCCCAUUGGCCCAGGCCAAGGCCAAGCAUGCUACCAACGAUCUCAAAGUGAAGAAGACAAAAAGCAGAAACGGAUGCGGGAGGUGCAAGAUCAAGAGGCUCAAGUGUGACGAGACUGCGCCCGGGUGCCUCCAAUGCAAGAGAAGGAACGUAGCCUGCCCAGGCUAUGAGAAGACACUCAAGUGGUCGACCAAGUAUGAGGUCUUCCAACCGACACAUUUUGCUCCAGUACCACAUAAGAAUGGCUCUACGGCCACCGCCUCCAAGGCGAGCUCCAAGGAGAAGUCUCUCCAAGUGACACCUGACGUGGAGCGUCACUUCGAAGCACUGGCUGCUGUCCUGCCUGCCGGCAAGCAGACCGACGCAACUCACGCAGAAACACACCAGCAGUCACCACCGCCGAUGCUUGUUGGUUCUCUAACUUCCUCGGAGGACUCGACACCUGAGCCUAGCGAUGGGUCACCUCCUGAAAUGGACCCGUUACCUGAGCCCCUCUUCUUUGACGAUCCCCUCGAUCUCGAUCCCCUGAUGAUGGAUGGCUUCGUUGAUGUCAUGGAUAUGCCGGACGAUGAUCUUACAUUUGGGCCUCUGGAUGGGUUUGAAAUUGAUCCAGGACCAUCGGAGUGUGUUAACUAUAACACUGAAGCACUACCGCAACCUGCAAAUGACGACAUCGGUUCCAGCCCCCGUCUGUCUCGGUCGCUGCUUCUUGACUUCUACCGCCUACCAAGCCCUUCUUCCUCUUCAACUGCCGACGAUAUCGAGUCGGUUCUAGUUCAGCACUACUUCAAAGAAGUUUGUGGCCGUUUCUCAUGCUUCGAUUCUCAUCUCAACCCCUUCCGGACCACCAUUGGCCGUAUCUAUCAACACACACCUUCCAUUUACUAUGGCAUCAUGUCCAUGGCGGCCGCCCACCUGGCCAACACUUUUCCUUACAUGGCACAACUCGGCGUAGACAUGCAGCGCAAAGCUCGCGACGCGCUUCUAACCGAGCUUCCGCUUGCACAGAAUGACUCAAUUAGCUGCACAAAGGCAUUCCUUAGUACCAUGCUCCUCGGCACCACAACAGGCUGGCACGACAACAACAUCCUGGGUGAAGAGUUCCUGUCUGCUGCUCGAAGCCUGAUACUUCCAAAGCUUCUCAACAAUGCUGAGGGUGAUGGAGGGAAGCAGCGGGAGACCCAGUUCUUUGAAGAAUCUCUCAUCUACUGGGAGAUGCUGAUGGGCUUCGUCAACCCAGAUGCCAUGACCUUUGCUCCCAGUGGGUUGCGUUCUCGACCUAAGAAGAUUCCUUCGGCGCGAAAGCCUGACGGGAAGAUCAUGCCCCAUCCGUGGACUGGCAUUGCCCCCACCAUCAUGAUUCUGUUCGCUGAAGUUGGAAGGCUUGUUCGCAGAGAGCGUAUGCGUGACGGGAAUGCCAGCAUCGACUUUCGACGUCACCACGAGAACCUUCUGAACGCAGCUACAUUGGAAGAAGACCUCCUCGCUGCGGAGUACCCUACGACGGAUGAGAUAGCAGAGCUGGGCGACGAGAGAACAUCAAAACAAGACUUUGUUGCUGUCGCAGAAGCUUAUCGGUGUGCUGGCCUUCUGGAGAUCUACCGCGUCUUUCCCUCAAUACUUCGAAAACGUUUGGGGACGAAGGACUCCCACUCGGGCGAGCUCGCAGACUUCAAUACGUUUCCUAUGCCCCGCUUCGAGACACCUUACGAAGAUACGGACACCAAGCUAUGGCUCAACUCGCUAGCCAUGCAUAUCUUGAAUCUCAUCGAUUCGAUUCCUUCAUCAUCCGGCACCAUCUGCAUCCAGCACAUCCUGAUCGUCAGCGCUGCCUCUGAACUCCGCUUCGUGUCUUCCGUGGACUUCUUCGAUGUCUAUGCAAACGACACGAGGGUAUGUCAGUCCAGAGAGUUUGCUGUCAAGCGUCUUCAGGAGUACUCCAGACGCCUGCCAGCGAAGCCCUUCCGUGGGAUGAUCGACCUCGUCAAGGAGGUCUGGCGCCGCCAGGACAACGGCGACAGCGUCUUCUGGGUCGAUGUCAUCGAUGACCAGGGUUACAAGUCAAACCCUUUCGUCAGGUAG